AUGGCAAAGGACGAAUCCAAGAAGGACAAGAAGUCGAAGCGCAAGUCGGACGUCGCCGCUAUGGACGUAGACGCCGUCACCGACGUCGAGGCUUCCCCCUCCAAAAAGGAGAAGAAGGAAAAGAAGGAGAAGAAGGCCAAGCUCGAGUCCGCCGCCAUCGACGAUGACGGUUCGGACGACGAAGAAGCGACUCCCUCCACACUUGAGAUCUCGCCGAUCGCACAACCGCUCGCGCAGGCCAAGAUGAGCAAGAAGCUCUUCAAGCUGACCAAGAAAGCGUCGAAAUCGCGCGGUCACGUCAAGCGCGGCGUCAAGGAGGUGGUCAAGGCCCUGCGCAAGGGCGAGAAGGGACUGGUGGUGUUGGCGGGGGAUAUUUCGCCGAUUGAUAUCUUGAGUCACAUCCCCGUGCUCUGCGAGGACACCAGCAACCCCUACAUUUUUGUCGAGAGCAAGGAGGCGCUCGGCGCCGCCAGCGCGACAAAGAGACCAACCAGCGUCGUCAUGAUCGUCCCCGGCGGUGGCAAGAAGGCCGCUGCCAAGGGAAAGGACGCGAGCAAGGCAAAGGAGGAGUACGCAGAAGACUACGCGAGUCUCCACAAGCAGGUCCAGACCCUCAGCGACCAGGUCGCCAUGGCUGUCUAA